GAACCUUGGGAGAACAAUCGACGAUACGGUGUCGUUGUCGACGCAGGAUCAUCUGGUUCCAGAGUUUAUGUCUAUUCCUGGAAGGACCAUGAACACGUAAAAUCUACGAUGACACCUGAAGAACUCAGAGGCAGUAUACCCAUCGUCGAACGCGGCGAUUCACUAGGCCUUAAGUGGACUCGACGAGAAGAGCCUGGUAUAUCCACGUAUGGCAGUCGGGCACAAGAAGUUGGCGAGCAUUUAAAACUGCUUUUGGAUUUUGCAACCGAAGUUGUACCUACCGAAAGCCACGACAAAACACCAGUGUUUUUGAUGGCAACCGCAGGCAUGCGACUGUUGCCAAGCGAAGAGCAGACGGCACUUUUGAAUGCGACAUGCAAUUAUAUUCAUGACAACUAUGCGUUUUUCAUCAGCGAUUGCGACACUCAUAUCCGCGUCAUCCCCGGCGAGCUGGAGGGCAUUUAUGGCUGGGUGGCUGUGAACUAUCUCAUGGGAGGCUUUGAUACAAGUAUCCAGGCAUCCAUGGAUGGCAGUGUUCGGCAACCAGGUGAACAGCAUCAUACAUUUGGUUUCCUGGAUAUGGGCGGUGCAAGUGCCCAAAUCGCAUUUGAACCAGAACACCAUCAACGCGAGGAGCAUUUUGACGACCUGAGCCGGAUAUACCUGCACACACUAGAUGGCAAAAAGGUGGAGUACGACGUUUUCGUCACAACGUUCUUGGGUUACGGGAGCAACGAAGCGCGACGAAGAUAUCUUGAGGAACGCGUCAAGCAGGCACAUAUGCAGAAUAAGGACGGCAAGAGCUUGUUGGACGAACAUCGGACACUUCAUUUGGAAGAUCCUUGCUUGCCGCCUGGUCUCGAUUUGACCGACUCCCACUCAACCAGCGUUCCGCUGACUCUGCACGGCACAGGCUCGUUCAGCCAGUGUAUUGAGUACACGUCGCCGCUGCUGAACAAGGAUGCCGAUUGUCCUGCAAAGCCUUGCUUGUUCAACGGUGUACACACGCCACACAUCGACUGGUCUGUAAAUAAAUUCGUCGGCAUUUCCGAGUACUGGUAUUCUUCACACGACAUUCUUGGCUUGGGUGGCGUGUACGACUUUACUGAGUAUGAGAACAAGGCAACGGAAUACUGCGAAAGAGAUUGGAAAGAAAUUGCGGAUGAACACAAGGAUUUGGAUCCAGCAGAUAUUCAGCAUCACCAAAUGCAGUGCUUCAAGUCGGCGUGGAUCGUCAACGUACUGCAUGACGGUAUAGAGAUCCCGCGCAUUGUAGAUCCAGCACAUGGUACAAUCCCUGAUGACCAGGAGCUCUUGGAACAGUCCAUUGAAAGCAUCGAAUCAAAGAACUGGAGUCCUCCUUUUCAAAGUAUCGACACUAUCAACGACAUUCAAGUAUCUUGGACGUUGGGUGCGAUGGUGCUCCACGUGGCAAACCAGAUCCCAUUAGUUGACUCCGAUGAUUCGUAUCAAGGCCAUAGCACCGAUGAUGAGGAGUCGCACAUGAUUGUUGACGGCGUAGAGCUCCCAAGACCUCACACAUCAGGCAUCGACCGGCACCCUACCGAGAAGGAGACAGACGUUCUGGAUUCGCUGUGGUUUAAAUCUUCAUCGUUCGACAGUAUGACUCUAAUGUUUGUGAUGCUCUGCUUCUCUGUGUUUCUAUGGUGCGUUUACAAGAAGGUUGGCCGUAGGCGACGGUCGAUGGAAGAAGCACGAUGGGAAGGUCCUAAUGGAGGCCUGUUGGGAAAUGGAGGAUAUUCGUCGUCGUUUUCCCCUUACGCGUUGGCUAGCUCGCUUGGAACGGCUCUAUCUCGAUCUACUCUUGCUUUGCGCACAUGGGCAUCAAGGGUACUGAAGGGAAGACCAACACAACCAUCGAAUGGUAUCGAUGUGGACACGUUCUCGGAGCAGCUGGAUACCGUGGCUAUCAAUAUCAGUGGUAGUGGCACCAACAGCCCGACUGGUCGACCAGGACCUAUUGCGACACUUGGCCCAUCUUCCCGCUCACAAAGCGCUAUAUCCAUGAAAUACUGGAGUAAAAAGCGCUACAGUGGUGACAGUCAUGCGUCCUUGUUCCCACCCCAGUAUGAAAACCGUAUACCGCUGCGAAGCUCGUCCUCGUCCGUCAAUCUAGCAAAUAGAGCCAGCUCAAGCAGUAAU